ACACCCCUUCUCCCCAACUUCCUCCCUCUCGACUGGGCAGGCGUUGGAGCCUUUAGCCACGGGCUAGGUUUGGGGAUUAGGCCUGGCUGGUGAUAGCUAGCAUCAUAUACUCCAGACAGGCACAGAGAGGACAGAAGGGAGUGAGUCUCCACACUUCUGUUUUUAAUGUGUGAUUGUUUCACAUCGGUUGGUGUGAGUAGCUGCUCUACUGGAACAAGGUAAGAGUUGUGCAGGGGGUGAAAUAUGAUAUGUUUGGUGUUGGUGGUUAUGCCUGUUCACUGGUCCCCCCCUCCACCAACUCGCCUUUUUUCUCUUUCUCUCUCUCCUCAGAGCAAUGGUUGGUUUUUCUCAAUGCUUGUUACUGUGGGUAUCUUAACUAAACCACUGACACACCCUGAUUAUGUGGUGGAAAAGAGAGAGAGAGAGAGAGAAACUUCUGUUUGUGCCCCAGCAGAGCUGAUGGAUUUCAGAAUAAGAGGACGGUGUUGCAAAGCAAUGUCCAACCUGGCAGACCCCCCCACAAAGAUCCUAUUAUGAACUCUGGGCCAGUCCCCUCCGGAACAUGCAAGGGCUGCAGGUGAGACUAGAUACACACCCUGGCAACCACUACCCACAAUCCUCUCUGCUCAACAACCACCUCAUCGGUCUCUCUACUGUCCUUAACUUCAUUAUAUGGUUCAGAACUGCAUGUUCUCUGUUUUGUGUCCGUGUGCGUGUGUGUGUGUCUGUGUGUGUGUGUGUGUGUGUCUGUGUGUGUCAAAGGGAUACAGUUACUGAAAAAGUGGUGGAGCGCUACUCUCACAGCUGGAAGAAGCAGGAGGACAAGUUCAGAAAUUUCAGGUCUCUUCUGAGUAACAGAUGUCAUGGACUCACCAAGGCUAUGGUGACACAGGCCAACACUCCUCUGGGGUCAAAGGUUGUGUACGAUGGAGAGAAGAGGAAGCCUCUUCAGGUGACCCCUGAACUGUUCAGCACCUUUGCUAAGGAGAAUCCUUUUGUGAAUACGACAUGGGAUACGUGUUCUGUUGUUGGGAAUGGGGGAAUCCUAGCUAAUAGCAGCUGCGGAGAGAAAAUCGACUCCGCCCAGUUUGUUAUCAGGUGUAACCUCCCUCCUCUGGAGAACGGCUAUGAGAGAGACGUGGGCAACAAGACAGACCUGGUGACAGCUAAUCCCAGCAUCCUCAUGGAGAAAUAUGGGGGCCUGCAGGAGCGUCGUCGGCCCUUCGUGGAGAGCCUGCGUAGCUAUGGCGACUCCCUGAUGCUCUUGCCAGCCUUCUCGUACGGCCCCAACACGCCCGUGUCUCUGCGGGCCCUCUACACCAUCCAGGACUUUGACAGCCCCUUGCGGCCCGUCUUCCUCAACCCAGAGUACCUACAGAGUCUGGCGCACUUCUGGCAGGGCCAGGGCCUGCGGACGGUACGCCUCAGCACAGGACUCAUCGUGGCUAGCCUGGCGCUGGAGCUGUGCGCCAACGUGCAUCUCUACGGGUUCUGGCCCUUUAAUGAACACCCCCACCGACACCAGCCCCUCACCAACCAUUACUACGACAACAGGCAGAGUAAGAAGACGGUGCACGCUAUGCCCGCUGAGUUUGACCACCUGCUAAGACUCCACAGCCAGGGCGUGCUCAGGAUACACCUGGGAGAGUGUGCGCCAGCACGCUAUGCCCGCUGAGUUUGACCACCUGCUAAGACUCCACAGCCAGGGCGUGCUCAGGAUACACCUGGGAGAGUGUGCGCCCGCGGCCAGGUAGGCCCCACCCCUUUACCGGAACUUUACCUACAGCUAGGACAGACACAACAGGGACAUAGGGCCCUCCUAUAGGCUCUCUCAGGAGUCUUACCCAGUCAUGCACUUAGCCAGUCAUGUCUUUGCUACCUGCCAGAUGGGAAGGCCCCGACUGGCCCAGAACACUCUGGUAUUCAGCACAGGGGCAUGUUUUAUGUGACGUAUGUCUGGUCACAGUGGAGGAGCAAGGGGGAGGCUGGGACAUUUAGUCGCCCCAGCAGCCGUUUGUAGAUUCUCAGUGUGAGAGUCUACAGAACAGGUUGAUCCGCAAUCAAAUCAUUUGUACUGUACCCAAAAUGGGUGUAAAUACAUGAAAUAUGCAUAUCAUAUACUGUAUAGAUUUACAAUGAUGUAUUUAUCAUCAAGUGUUCCAGCUGGAAUCUAGAGAAUGUUUUUGUUUUGUUGGACUUAAAUACAAAGUGUUUUGGAACAUGUAUGGGUUAGAUGAGGCCUUCCCAACUACAGAGGGGGUCAGUGUAGUGCCUAAUAUGACUCACCUUCCUGACUGUAGCAAAAAGAAAACACAUGCGAGCCUUUAAGAGUUAACUGAAUGUAUGGUUAUGUCAAUCUAAUACCUCCUGGAUUGGCCAAUCUUCAGCUGGACUGUUACAUUCAGAUUUAUAUUUAAUAUCAAUGAUGAUUAAAUGUGUUAUAUCUCAUUAUGACAUAGUGUAUAAUACAUUCAAUGUGGUACUGGGUCCUUCCAUGAAAUGAGUCCCUUUUUUGUCUCUUUGAUAUUUUAAGUAGAAAUUGUGCACCAAUAUUGAAUUUUAAAAGACUGUUAAUAAAUUAAACGAAGUGUCCUUUAA